AUGGCGGAGCCUGUGAGGAGACGGGGCCGGCGGUCCCGCGGUGACCAUGUCGGCCGAGGGGUUCGGGGGAACCGGGGCCGACGUCGUAAAGCCCAGCGGUCUCAUGCGCAGCUCAGUCUGGAGUCCAUGUUUGUGGAUUUGAUCAGCGACAGCGAUGAGGAUAUCCUGGAGGUCACAUCAGCGCGUGGCGCUGCGGACCCGGUUGAAGCCGGGUUCCUGGAACCCGCCGUGCCGGCCGCGUCCAAGGACGACAGCGACAGUGACAGCGAAGGGGCGGACGCGCGACCUAACGGAGCCCCGCGGACCGCGGUCAGGCGGCGGCCGCGUCUGCUGCUGGAUCCAGGGGAGGCACCGGUGGUUCCGGUGUAUUCCGAGAAGGUGAAGAGCAGCCUCCACCUCAUCCCAGAUCACCUGCCCCUCCUGAAACUCUGCCCCCCAGUGGCCGAGGAAGAUGCAGACAUGGCAGACUCUAGCAGCUCUCAACCUGAGGAGCCCCCUUUUCCAGGCUCCUGGAAGAAGAAGCUGAGGGGUCAGGAUGAAGAAGAGGAGGAGAAAAAGGUGUUUUUGGUCCAGGAUGUAUCUCCUUUGCCCCCACCUCCACCAAGGACCAAAAGCAGAAAGCAUACGAGGGCACUGCAGAAGUUAAGGGAGGUGAACAAGCGCCUCCAAGAGCUCCGCUCCUGUUUGAGCCCCAAGCAGCACCAGGGCCAAGACCACCAGAGCCAGGAGGAUGAUGUGGUCCUGGUGGAGGGGCCCAUCCUCCCAGAGAACCCUCGUCUCUUCCCACUCAAAAUCCGUUGCCGGGCUGACCUGGUCAGACUGCCUGUCCGAGUGUCGGAACCCCUGCAGAGUGUGGUGGACCACAUGGCUGCUCACCUGGGGGUGUCCCCAGGCAGGAUCCUCUUGCUCUUUGGAGAUACAGAGCUGUCCCCUACCGCUACCCCAAGGACCCUGAAGCUAGGAGUGGCUGACAUCAUUGACUGUGUGGUGCUAGCAAGUUCUCCAGAGUCCUCAGUGACGUCCCAGCAACUCCAGCUCCGUGUGCAGGGGAAGGAGAAACACCAGAUGCUGGAAGUCUCGCUGUCUCCAGAUUCUCCCCUGAAGACCCUCAUGGCCCACUAUGAGGAGACCAUGGGACUCUCAGGAUGCAAGCUUGCUUUCUUCUUUGAUGGGACGAAGCUUUCAGGCAAGGAGCUGCCGACCGAUCUGGGCAUGGAAUCCGGGGACCUCAUUGAAGUCUGGGGCUGA